AUGACUGCAUUGAGGAAUGCCCUAGGAGAAGAGACUGUUGGGACAACACACUUGGAUGGUGCUGGAUCUCCUGAACAGCCUCCAGCAUUUCCUGAGCCCAUGGGGGCCUUUUCCAGCCCUCGCUCAGGCCUCAGGGAGCAGGGAACACAGCAGAGAAAUGGGGAGGAUGAUGAGUGUGAUGGCUCUGCCAGCUUGGUGUGGGCAGCCACGCCAGGGAUGCUCUUCCAGGAGGACAGGCAGACCAGCCUUCACCCUCUUAGCUUGUCCUGGGUGUUGGGCUACAACAGCAGCCUGGCAGUGCACAGCCUGAUGGAUGGGGAAGACCAGGUCCUCCUGUAUGUCUCUUCUCACACUGUGGUCAUCUAUGACAUCCUGAAGAACAGGCAGCACCACUUGCAGGGCCACACAAAUGUCAUCUCCUGCCUGUGUGUGAGUGAAGACAGACGCUGGGUUGCAACUGCCGACAGAGGGCCAGACGCUCUGAUUGUCGUGUGGGACUCCUUCUCCGGGAUACCUGUGCGCACCAUCUUUGAGAGCCAUCCCAAGGAUGGGGUCAGUGCCAUUGCUAUUUCUCACGACACCAAGUAUUUGGCAACCAUUAGUGCUGGUGCAGUGCAGAGAGUUUGUGUUUGGGAGUGGACGUCGCCCGUGGAGAAACCUGUGUGCAGCACAGAGCUGAGGCCUGAGUUUGGGCAUCAGGAUUAUGUAAUUUUUAACCCUCAAAAUCCCUGUGAGUUUGUCAGCAACAGCAAAACCCAGGUGAUAUUUUACCUGUGGGGUGAUGCUGGUUUGCAUUAUGGAGCACCAGUCCUGAACAGACAGACCUUCCACAGCGUGGUGGGACACUUCAGCCAGUCAGCUUUUCAUGUGAGCGCCUCGCAAGCUCUGAGCGGCACCUCGGCCGGGAAGCUGGUGGUGUGGGACACUGCCGGGCCCCCCGAGCAGCCCCGGGCCGGGCCGCACCGCGUCAGGGCCGCCAAGCUGGUGCCUAUGCAGAAGGACAGCAUCACUGUGCUCCAGGCGCUUGCGAGCUGCAUAGUGACAGGUGAUGUGAAAGGUCAGGUCAAAUUCUACAACGGGCAGCUGCAGCUCCUCAGCUGUUACAGCCACAGUGAAGUGGGUCCCAUUCGGUCCAUCUCCUUCUCCAAAACCUCUCCUGAUGCCUCCCCAACCUGCUCUGCCUCCAGCAGCCAGCCCUUUGUCACCAGGAACUUCAUCCUUUCAACUUCUGAUGCAACGGUGCUCCAUGUUGCAACAGACAGGACAAAGCUUGAAAGAGUCAUGGAAGAGGCAAAGGAAGCUGUGAAUGCCAUCACCUGCCACCCCCGGCAGGCAUGUGUGGCUGUGGGGAGUCGCUGUGGGCUGCUGCGGCUGUGGGACUAUCAGCAGAACAAGUACCUCAUUAGCAGGAUCUUCACUGCGGGGGGCAUCCAGUGCUUGUCCUAUGACCCUGAAGGUUAUUUUCUGGCUGCUGGUUGCACAGAUGGAAGCGUUUACAUCCUUGAUGCUAUUUCCCUUCUGUCCAGCUGCAAAGAGCUCAAGUUCUCACAUGGUCCUGUGACUCACAUCAGCUUCUCUCAUGAUUCAGAGUACCUUGCAACUGCUGAUGAGAAAUACUCAGUGAUUGUUUACAAAAGAGUUCUGCAAAAUGGGAGUGGGUGCUGGGAGCACCUAGCAGGGCUGCACUCCCACUACAAACCCAUCCGGAGCAUCCUCUUUGGGAUCCAGCUAGACAGCAACGAGCCCAGACUCCUGAGCCUUGGGGAGGACCGGCAGCUGAUUGAAUAUGACCUGAAAAGCAGCAACAAGGACCACUUAGUGGUCUUGCAUAGGGACCGGGUGGAACAGAUUGCUGUGCCCCUGUGCUUGGCCUGGUACCCACAGCUCAGCACUGAGUCCUUCAUUCUCACUGCCAACAACUGCUACAAAUUGAAGCUCUACAACACAACAACCAAAAUGUGCAGAAAGACCCUCUUGGGACCAACCCUUGGCUCCCCUCUGGAGAAGAUACAAAUCCUCCCAGGAACAAACACUGCGGACCCCCAGAAACACUAUCUGGCAUACAUUACAAAGGACAAGGUGGGUUUGCAGAUUUUGCCUGUAGACGGCAACCCUCACAAGUCCUCAGCCUUUGUUUGCCACCCAGAUGGUGUCUCUGACCUUGCCACCUCCUUUGAUGGACGCUACAUCUUUACAGCAGGGGGGAAUGACUGCACUGUUAUGAAAUGGGAGGUCAAUGUAAAUGCCUUGGAUGCUGCUGCUUCCCUGGGUGGGGAGGACUUGAUCCCAUUCUACAACCUACUGGAUGGUGGCAGAGAAGGUGAAUUCUUCAAGGAGCUGGAAGACUAUUUUUACUACGCACAGCUGCACCACCACGGUGUGGACACACUGGAGACCAGAGAGGUGUCAACACACAUUCCCUUGGAGGAAAUUCCUUUUGUCAUGAGAGCAAUGGGAUUUUAUCCAUCAGAGCAAAAGAUUGAAGAAAUGACAAAUGAAGUAAAAUUCAGCAAGUAUGUGGAUACUGGAGAACAAGUGACAAAAAUCAAUCUGGAGGAUUUUAUCAAGCUUUAUGUAAAUCACUGCCCCGCGUUUGGCUUGUCAAUGACAGAAAUACAACGAGCAUUUCAGGUUCUUGGUUAUGAUAAUGAGAAUGGAGACAGAGUAAUUGACAGAGGAAACUUACUGUUGCUGCUUCAGCGCAGAGGAGAGCAUAUGACAGAGGAUGAACUGGCACAGUGUCUGACCACCCUGCUGGGCAGGUGUCCUGGGAGAGGAGGAUCCAAACUGGAUGCUUAUGAUCCCUCAGGUGCAGCAGCUUUGAUUGAAGAAGAAAUUCCAGCAGAAAUCACAGCAGAGAUCUUCGCUGCUGACAUUCUCAGCUUACCCAUAGCUGGAAAAAAGAACAGAAAAAAAGAAGAGAUGAAUCUUUGAUUUGUUGAGAUACAGAAGCUCUGCUGCCACAAAGUUUUCUUCUGGUUCCUACUUUCCAGUCUCCUCAAAUAUCUGCAAAAUUUUGUGUUUGUUAAAAAGAACAGAGUUUCAUAUUAAUCACACCCUAGAACAAGCCCCUAGUGUAGCAUAUGCAACAAACCUAUGUAGGGAAACACUAGAGUGACUCUAAAGAAUGAAGCUGUUGCUGCUGUAGAGUCUUCUUAGGGUGGCCUCCCCAUCCUUGAUUGUAUGUGUACAAAAUUCUUAAUGAAAAGGUUGGAAGGGACCUCUAAGGUCAUCAAGUCAGACCUCUUAUCUGCCACCUCUAUGUCCAGUAGACCACGUCCUGCAGUGCCACAGCCACUCAGUUGUUUGAACGCCUCCAGGGAUGGUGACUCCACCACUUUCCUGGGCAGCCUGUUUCAAUGCCUGGCCGCUCUUUCAAGUAAAGAAAUUCUUACUGAUAUCCAACUUAACCUUUCUCUAGUGCUGCUUGAAGACAUUAUCUCUUGUCCUGUCAUUAGCUACUUGAGAGGAGAGGUCAUCACUGGUCUUACUACAACCUUGUUUCAGGUAGCUGUAGAAAGCAAUAAGGUCUCCUCUCAGCCUCCUCUUCUCCAGCUUAAACAACCCAGCUCACUCAGCCUCCCCUCAUAAGCCUCCCUUCACCAGCUUGACUGCCCUUCUCUGCACCCACACCAGCACCUCUAUGUCUUUCUUAUACUGCUGUGUCCAA